AAAUUAAUUCCAGGAACCCCGACUUUCUAAGAACAUUAGCAAUCUACAGAUUAUUUAGACAGCGAGAUUACAGAUUAAGUUUGGACUUGAAUAUAAAACUAUAUAUUAAAUUGUGACGCAGUAUUUUGCGUGGGAGUCGAAUCCUAACGAAAGUUUACAAGAAAAAAUAUGUUUAUUUCAAAAGACUGUCCAUGGGGAGUCUCCAUAAUUCCUGCCAAAUUGUGGUACUUAUUUCUUUGUGGGCUAUGUCCAAUAACUAGUGGUGCACCCAGUUUGAACGCCACUGCAGCUAUUGUUAGCGAAGGGUGUCCACUGAACAGAUUCCAGUGUGCAAACGGGAGGUGUGCAUUGAUGGAAUGGACGUGUGACGGAGACAACCGCGAUUGUGGUGACAACUCCGAUGAAAACAUUGAAGCUUGCAAGACAAAGUAUAGGUGCACCUCAUCUCAAUUUAGGUGCAACAGUGGCAUGUGCAUACCGAUGUCAUCGCGUUGCGAUGGCGAAAGGGACUGUCCCGAUGGAUCUGACGAAUCACCCAAGCAACCCUGCGAAAAGGAGGCUUGCGAUCCUGAUGAAUUUCCAUGUGGAAACACGACAGACGAAUGUAUACCUCUCAUUUGGGUGUGCGACGGUACGACAGAUUGCUCUGACGGCUCCGAUGAAAAUGUAUGUAAUGGAGCAUGUCCAUUAAACCUGUUUACAUGCGGGAAUGGCAAGUGUAUUUAUCAAGAGUAUGUCUGCGAUUAUGAUGACGAUUGUAAUGACGGUAGCGACGAAGAAAACUGUCCACCUCGGCUGUGCCAAUCCGAUGAAUUCACAUGCGCAGAUGGUUAUUGUACAUCAGAAUGGUCAAGGUGCGACGGAGUUCUCGACUGCCCCGAUGGAAGUGACGAAGUUCAAUGUCCCUCAACACGGAUAAACAUGUCACCGUGCGUUGAUUCAGAAUUCGAGUGCAAGGAUGGGAAAACAUGCGUAUACAUGGCAUUUGUGUGCGAUGGCAACCGCGACUGUCCUGAUGGUGGGGACGAAGCCCUUGAGCUUUGCCAUAGAAAUAUGUGCCAACAGGGCCAGUUCCAGUGCAACGAUUUAAGUUGUAUUCCAGAAGCAUUAAAUUGCAAUGGAGACGAAGACUGCCCGGAUAGCAGCGACGAAGUUAACUGUACACGUAAUAGUGUCGACGACACUGGAACUACAUAUUGGACAAAUUCGGACAUGUCAAGUUAUACCGACAACAGUGAAACUACAUAUAUGACAAAUUCGGACAUCUCAGGUAGUACUGACGACACUGGAACUGCAUAUUGGACAAGUUCGGACAUCUCAAGUAGCACCAACGACAGUGGAACUACAUAUAAGACAAAUUCGGACAUCUCAAGUACUGCCAAUGUCAGCGGGACUACAUAUAGGACAAAUUCGGACAUGUCAAAUAGUACCAACAGUGCUAUCGAACAGAAUGAGACAAAAACCGGAAACUCAAGCAGUCAGAAAGUCAAACAUGUGACGCUCAUUACGAAGUGGUUUUACUUUGGCAUAGGGUUUUAAUUUGUGGUGUGUUUUGAUUACAAGUGUAAAUUACCCCCGACAAGUGAAGGUUACAGUAACUAGAAAAGAGCUGAUAACUUUCAAACGGCUGAACCGAUUUUCUUGGAUUAUAGCUAAGAACACUCGAUCAAGCAACCUUUCAAUCAAAAAAAAAACUAAAUUAAAAUCGGUUCAUUAGUUUAGGAGCUACGAUGCCACAGACAGAUACACACGUCAAACUUAUAACACCCCUAUUUUUGGGUCGGGGGUUAAAAACCAGCGAUUGUGCAAAUAAUGAACAUAAUUUAUUAAAAACACUAGCCUAAUAUAUACAAAUGUGUUUAAUUUCUUCCUCUGAUACAUGCUUCGUUAAUAAAGUGUCUCUUGAA